UUGUUACUAUCGAAACAAGUUUCCUAAAUCUUGACUGGCGAAAGUUUAAUUUUUGCCAGCUCAGCUAAGAAUUUGCUUAGGAUUAAGCAAUUAGUUAAUUGUAGUGGACUUUUAUUACGCCGAGGAUUCUUUUUUAUCUAACAAAACUUAGUUAAAAGAAAUUAAAAUGUCUGAGCAAUCACCAUUAAAAUACUUCAUUUCUGGAGGCUUCGGUGGAAUUUGUACCGUCAUCGUAGGUCAUCCAUUUGAUACAAUCAAAGUGAGACUUCAAACUAAUGAUAAGUACAAAGGAAUGUUGGAUUGUGGGAAGAAGACAAUCCAGAAAGAAGGAGUUCGAGGUCUAUACAAAGGAAUGUCAGCACCAAUUGCUGGAGUCGCACCGAUUUUCGCAAUCAGUUUCUUUGGAUUUGGUGUUGGAAAGAAACUUUUACAACAAGACAAUCAACCAUUAUCAAAUACGAGAUUAUUUCUUGCUGGUGCCUUUUCGGGAAUAUUUACAACAUCAGUUAUGGCUCCUGGAGAGCGCAUAAAAUGUCUUCUGCAAGUCCAACAAGGAAGUGGAGGCGAACAAAAGUACAAGGGAAUGAUUGACUGUGCAAGACAACUGUACAAAGAAGGUGGAAUUAGAAGCGUCUACAAAGGAUCAUUAGCAACGUUGUUAAGAGAUGUACCAGCAAGUGGAAUGUAUUUCCUCACGUAUGAGUUUAUUAAGAAGAAGGUUGCUGAAUCUGCGCCGAAAGACAAGCCACAAUCAAAGACGAGGGAAAUGACAGGCACAAUCUUUGCUGGUGGAAUGGCUGGUAUUGCGAACUGGUCAAUUGGAAUGCCACAAGACGUACUGAAAAGUCGUUUACAAACAGCUCCGGAGGGCACUUAUCCACGUGGAAUUCGAGAUGUUUUUAAAACUUUAAUGAAGAACGAAGGUCCACUGGCACUUUACAAAGGAUUCGUUCCAGUUAUGUGUCGAGCAGUGCCGGCAAAUGCUGCUUGCUUCCUUGGUUUGGAGUUGUGUAUGAUGCUUCUUAAUCGCAUUGCACCUAAUCUAUAAUUAAGAGACUGAAGCAAUUAACGAUUUUAUUAAGUGAUAAAUUGGUGAAAAGUAAUUGAGUUAUGUUUUUGUAGUUAGUUUAAACACUGCCGAGAUCCCUUUUUUUAACCGUUUUGCUUUUAUAGUUUAACUCGAAAAUUGUUGCACGAAAAUUUCAAGCAGAAAAUAAAACAAAGCAAAUUAGAGCGAAAAA